AUGGACGCACAAUAUCCCUUUGCUACAAGAGAAGAUAUCUGGCGUGUACACGAGGAAGUGAAGGAUCUGUGUGCCACGCAGGCCGAGCACGCGGAACGGCUGGCCAAGCUCGAGCGUAGGAAGGAAGAUGAUGCUAAGAUGAAAAGUCUCUGGAGCCCGUUUUCACCUAUUCCUUCAAGUGCUGGCCACGGGAAUCAUGAUGCCGUGUUUAAUGCCACUGCCGAACCUUUCAAAGGGUUUGAUCAGGCUCACCAUGGGCUAGGAACCCAUAUCCAGAUUGACCAUGAAGAUGAGCCGAGGCGUGGCGCUUCCAGGGCGAAUAGCGUGCGUUUCGAUGAGAGUGCAAUCCAUGCAUAUAACAACCAUGGAAACCGUACUGCAGCCGAGCUCGCACCGGCACGUACCGGGAGUGGAAUGGGAGCCCACCCACUCACGGAACGGUCCUACUCCCAUCGGUCGGACGGGAGACUAAGCUCGUCUGGCCAUUCACAUCACUCGGCGCGCACGUAUAGUCUAGAGACCUCUAGGGUUGACAGCUCCUCCACAACAACGACUCCUGCCAGCCAGCAUCCACCUCUCGGACCUCCUCCAGGUCUCUUCAUCCUCGGUCCUGUUCCUUGCAUUAUUAGAUGCUGGCUCACAACCAGCUUUUCUAACGAUUCCCUACUCUAUGCUGCGAUUUGCACUGGUGCUUACUCGUCUGCAGUGGCAUUUCCGCUGAUUCAAAAACUUGGCCUCGAGGGUGAUAUCACGGUGGAAGAUGGUGCGCGCACCAUCAAACUACCUGUAUAUUUCCCGGAGGCUAGUGUCUGCCAGUCCUCGUCGCGCAGCUCUAGCCCUGAGCCUCAUCUUCCAGCUUUAACUGUUCGAUUCUUCGUCCGUGAUAUAGACCAGGAAGACCAAAAAGCUAUUUCCAUUUUCAUAGGGAGUGAUGUUCUUCGGACUCACAACGCUGAUAUUCUCUUUUCCCAAGAUAAGAUAGGAGGGCAACAGCACACCCAGACGCCCGGUGACUCUCAUGCAGAACAAUCUGCUGGUGUUAUCGGCCGUCGACCUAGCCACAAUCAACCCGAGCCGUCGAAAUCUGCACUUUCUCUCAAGACAUCAUCUGAGGCGUUGGUCAGCCAAGACAAGGACCGCUCAUCUCAGGCUAUCAGUGACUCGGAGGAUACCAGCCUUGACAUGGCCAAUCCUAAGUCUGCUACUAGCGAGAAAUCGCAUGGUAGGCCGAGCACCAAGAGUGACGAAGGAAGCGGACACUGGGGCUCGUGGAGACGUGAUGCGGCUCCCACCGCACCAUCCUCCACCAAGCCAGAGCAGCCAGCAUCUUACGUCGCUGUGUCCCAGCGCCCCGCCGCCAGGCGUAACAUGAAAGUGUUAAAGCCCACCAAGACGCUGACCCGGUCCAACACAGCCAACGCCCCAAGCGGUAUGGCCCAGCUUUCCAUCGCCGACCGCACGUCCGGCGACGGCCCGCCCGCCAACAGACAAACACGAUCAACUAGUGGAGAGAACGGAGACGUUCUGAACCACAUAUCCAAUCAUUCCAGCACUCCUUGGCCUGGGAAGUCCAGACCAAGCAACAAUCCGAUCGGCGGAGCGUCUGCCUUUGGAUGGCUGAAUACGCAACAGAAGCAGAACCCAACAACACACGCCGACUGA